UCAGGUGACCCGCACUCCCCGCUCCCUAUAUGUAGCAAGCUGUUGACGUCAGCUUUCUCUUCCGCCUGUUUGUCUGCAGUGAGGCAGGCAGCACUGCUCCGGCCUCAUUUCGUCCCGUGAAAAAGAAUCCACCGCCAUCCGCCAACAUGGUGAACUUCACGGUAGACCAGAUCCGUUCCAUCAUGGACAAGAAGGCGAACAUCCGUAACAUGUCAGUCAUAGCCCAUGUAGAUCACGGCAAAUCUACAUUGACUGACUCACUGGUGUGCAAGGCUGGUAUCAUCGCCUCAGCCCGUGCUGGUGAAACUCGCUUCACAGAUACCCGAAAAGAUGAACAGGAACGUUGUAUCACCAUCAAAUCAACAGCUAUUUCUCUCUUCUACGAGCUCUCAGAAAAUGACAUGGCCUUUAUCAAGCAGACUAAGGAUGGUACUGGCUUCCUCAUCAAUCUAAUUGACUCUCCUGGCCAUGUGGAUUUCUCCUCAGAGGUCACUGCAGCUCUGCGUGUUACUGAUGGAGCCCUGGUUGUAGUUGACUGUGUCUCCGGGGUGUGUGUGCAGACCGAGACAGUGCUCCGUCAGGCUAUUGCUGAGCGUAUCCGCCCUGUAUUGAUGAUGAACAAGAUGGACCGUGCUCUUUUGGAGUUGCAGCUGGUACCAGAGGAGCUCUACCAGACCUUCCAACGUAUUGUGGAGAAUGUAAACGUAAUCAUCUCUACCUAUGGAGAGGGAGAGACUGGCCCAAUGGGUAACAUCAUGAUUGACCCAGUCCUUGGAACUGUUGGUUUUGGUUCUGGCCUGCAUGGAUGGGCAUUCACCCUAAAACAGUUUGCCGAGCUGUAUGUGGCAAAGUUUGCUGCUAAGGGAGAAGGUCAGUGGGCACCAGCAGAUCGGGCAAAGAAAGUAGAAGAUAUGAUGAAGAAACUGUGGGGUGACAGAUAUUUUGACCCUUCAAAUGGAAAGUUUAGCAAAUCUGCUUCAAAUGCUGAUGGAAAGAAGCUUCCCAGAACUUUCUGCCAGCUAAUUCUGGAUCCUAUCUUCAAGGUCUUUGAUGCCAUCAUGAACUUCAAGAAAGAUGAAACAGCCAAGCUGAUUGAGAAGCUUGACAUAAAGUUAGACAGUGAAGACAAAGACAAGGAGGGCAAACAGCUACUCAAGGCUGUCAUGAGACGCUGGCUACCAGCUGGAGAUGCCCUGCUUCAGAUGAUCACCAUCAAUUUGCCUUCCCCAGUGACUGCUCAGAAGUACCGUUGUGAGCUGCUUUAUGAGGGACCCCCUGAUGAUGAGGCUGCCAUGGGCAUUAAGAAUUGUGACCCCAAAGCUCCCCUAAUGAUGUACAUUUCCAAGAUGGUACCCACUACAGAUAAAGGAAGAUUCUAUGCUUUUGGAAGAGUCUUCUCUGGCUCAGUCUCUACAGGUCUCAAGGUCAGAAUUAUGGGACCAAACUUUACUCCUGGAAAGAAGGAAGACCUUUACCUGAAGCCAAUCCAGAGGACUAUCUUGAUGAUGGGGCGUUAUGUGGAACCCAUUGAGGAUGUGCCUUGUGGUAACAUUGUUGGCCUGGUUGGAGUGGACCAGUUUUUGGUGAAGACAGGGACCAUCACCACCUUUGAACAUGCCCAUAACAUGCGUGUGAUGAAAUUCAGUGUCAGCCCUGUAGUGCGUGUUGCUGUGGAGGCAAAGAACCCUGCAGACUUACCAAAAUUGGUUGAGGGUUUGAAACGUCUGGCUAAAUCAGAUCCCAUGGUGCAGUGCAUUAUUGAAGAGUCUGGAGAGCACAUCAUUGCUGGUGCUGGAGAACUGCACUUGGAAAUCUGCCUGAAGGAUUUGGAAGAAGAUCAUGCUUGCAUACCAAUUAAGAAAUCUGACCCGGUUGUGUCUUACCGUGAGACUGUAAGUGAGGAAUCCAACCAAGUUUGCCUGUCAAAGUCCCCCAAUAAGCACAAUCGUUUGUAUAUGAAAGCUCGUCCUUUCCCUGAUGGCCUUGCUGAGGACAUAGACAAGGGUGAUGUGGCUGCCCGACAGGAAUUGAAGACACGUGCCCGUUACCUUGCUGAGAAAUAUGAGUGGGAUGUCACUGAAGCUCGUAAGAUCUGGUGCUUUGGCCCUGAUGGAACUGGACCCAACAUUUUGACUGAUAUUACAAAAGGAGUGCAGUAUCUGAAUGAAAUCAAGGACAGUGUAGUUGCAGGCUUCCAGUGGGCUACCAAGGAGGGUGUUCUGUGUGAUGAGAACUUGAGAGGUGUUCGUUUCGAUGUUCAUGAUGUGACCCUUCAUGCUGAUGCCAUCCACCGUGGUGGUGGACAGAUCAUUCCAACUGCCCGUCGUUGUCUGUAUGCCUGUGUGCUUACUGCUCAACCUCGUCUUAUGGAGCCAAUCUACCUUGUAGAGAUCCAGUGCCCUGAGCAAGUCGUGGGUGGCAUCUAUGGUGUCUUGAACCGGAAGCGUGGCCAUGUCUUUGAGGAGUCCCAAGUGGCUGGAACACCAAUGUUUGUUGUUAAAGCAUUCCUACCUGUCAAUGAGUCCUUUGGUUUCACCGCUGACUUGAGAUCAAACACUGGUGGACAGGCCUUCCCUCAGUGUGUGUUUGACCACUGGCAGAUCCUGCCUGGAGAUCCCUUUGACAGCACUACAAGACCUAGUGCAAUUGUGGCUGAGACCCGUAAAAGGAAGGGUCUUAAGGAGACCGUCCAGGCUUUAGAUAACUUCCUGGACAAGCUGUGAAUCUCUCCUAUAUCAAACCCCAUUAGUACAGGACAACUUGGGGCUUAUGGACUGAAACCUGCAGAGAUGUUUGAUUCAUGGAAUACCCCACCUUGCCAUAUUGCACUCAGAGUGGGGGAGAUGCUCCACUCCAGCCCUGGAUAUUCCAUUCCCUUGGCAUGUCCAUAACUUCAUAUUUAUUAGGAGAGCGAGUGGGUGCCUUCUCCCUGUCUGAGUAUAAUUCUGGAAGCUGGUUCAUUCUUCUGGGGGUUUUGACUGUGGGAGGGAAUGUUCACAGACUAUAGAAAAGGGGUUCUUGUUCAGACAGCAUGAAUAUCAGCAAUGUAUUAGUGCCAUUAAACAAAGUUAAAUUGGAAA